AUGGUUACUGGAUCCCAGAAAACAGCACUAUCUGUUGUCUCCUUUUCCUGUGCAGAGAAAGUCCAAAAGGAGAUUGAUCAGGUGAUUGGCUCACACCGACUACCAACCCUUGAUGACCGCAUCAAAAUGCCAUACACUGAGGCAGUCAUCCACGAGAUUCAGAGAUUUUCUGAUCUUGCCCCGAUUGGUCUACCACACAGAGUCACCAAAGACACCAUGUUCCGAGGAUACCUGCUCCCCAAGAACACCGAGGUGUACCCCAUCCUGAGUUCAGCUCUCCAUGACCCACGCUACUUUGAACAACCACACACCUUCAAUCCCGAGCACUUCCUGGAUGCCAAUGGGGCACUGAAGAAAACUGAAGCUUUUAUGCCUUUCUCUGCAGGAAAGCGCAUCUGUCUUGGAGAAGGCAUUGCCCGCAAUGAAUUGUUCCUUUUCUUCACCACCAUCCUCCAGAACUUCUCUUUGGCAAGCCCUGUAGCCCCAGAGAACAUUGACCUCACUUCUAAGACCAGUGGUUCAGGCAAAAUACCCCCACCGUACCAGAUCCACUUCCUGUCCCACUGA